GUGUUGGGCUUAAGAUUGGAAGAGUCUGGUUUUGUAUUUACGAAAACGCACCGCAUCUCGGAAAAGCCUAGAAAACCAGACAUUGCUUUUUUCUUCUUUUUUUUUUUCUGUUUAUUAUUUUUUUCUUUCUGGUGUCGUCUUUAUUUUCGGUUUCUCUAUGUGCUUACUGAAGGUGGCGAACCAGAGAAGGUCCAACGAGUACGUCAGCUUCCCUGCUCCUACAGAUGGCGGCGCCGGGGAAAGUGAAGAGCAGGGAGCUACUACUUACACGCAGGGAUUAGAGUCGUCGCACGUGGUUGCGCCGACUCAUUUUCCUUUUCGGAUUCAUGAAGCGGAAGAGGCAAUUACCUCUGCGCCUAUGUUCAUGGCGUACAGCAGCACGGAGAUGUCUGAAAUGGUGUCAGCACUGACGCACGUGGUGUCUGGUCAACAGAGCUUUGUGGGCUAUGGCGGCGGCGGCGGCUGUUCGGUUUCUUCAAUAUCUUCUUCUUCACCUUCUGUUGUUUAUUCUCCUUCUGGGUAUUCAUCUUCUGGGUCUCCUUCUCCGUCUGGUUCUGGUCUCUGGAUUGGGCAGAAGAGAGGCAGAGAGGAAGAGGCAGCACCACCACCUCCUCAGUUGGAAUCUUCGGCGCCAAGGGUUUAUAGAGGCGGUCCCUUUGUUCAUCAUGAUUUUACAGUUUCACAUGCCGACUCUUCUUCCUCUGGUGCAACUGAAGAAUCUGCGAACACUGUAACACAGGCGAUGGGCACAACAGCACCGCCAUUAACGCCAUCAAGCACAGAGGCGGCUUUGUCAUAUGAAGAAACUGGCGAGAGGAGGAGAAGAUACAGAGGGGUGAGGCAGAGACCAUGGGGAAAAUGGGCGGCGGAGAUUCGUGAUCCGCAUAAGGCUGCCAGGGUCUGGCUUGGCACGUUCGAUACAGCAGAGGCUGCCGCCAGAGCGUACGAUGAAGCCGCAUUGAGAUUCAGGGGAAACAGGGCCAAGUUAAAUUUCCCGGAAAAUGUCAGUCUGGUGCCAACUCAGAUCCAGAAUUUUCCUGCUAGCCGAACGCCAAUCUCUGGUUCCCUCACUACCCAUUUUGCGCCACAAGCUUCUCCGUCUACACCAAUGCCGUCAAUCUUCCAAUCGCAAGGUUUUCAAGGCUCUGCUGCUAAUAUCUUGGGUGACUACUGGCAGUACACUCAGUUUCUACAGAGCUCCGGCGACUUCCAUUUGCAGCCAACACAACAACCACCGCAUGAAGCUACGAGUUUAUUGGAGCAGAAUCUGCAGCGUCCGCAGAUGUCUUCUGUGCAACCCUCAUUGUUGUCGUCUUCUUUGUCGUCUUCAAUUGGCGGUUCUUCACCGUCGCCAUCCUCUGCUUCGUAUCCUCUGCUUUUUUCCCAGCAGCGGCAAAUGGGGACUUUCCGGCCACCGGGGAAUCAAACUCAGGCCAGUGGGUCAGACUUCCCAAUGCCGCCAUGGUCAGGUUCCAGUCACUACCCUUCCUCCUCCGGUUGAUAAUAUUCAUUGCAGAAAUUUCUGAAUUUUUGAGUAUGGUGUUUUUAUUUAUAUUUUUUUGAAUAUUUCCAAUAGUGAUUUCGUUUGUAUUCUGAAUAUGAAGUUAGGUUUGGUUCUAAUUAUCGACGUUGUAAAAAAUAGAAAAAAAACAUAUAUAUAUAUAU